AUAAAGAUCACUCGUCACUAGAAUAGAUCAGAUCAAUGACACAUUCAAACGUAGUACGAAUUUGGGAUUUUAUGAGAGAUUAUAUCGUCUGUAAACGUUAAUCCAUUACUUUAAAUAUAAGGCGUUUCCUUAGAUGAAGAUGGUAGCUACCUAUUCUUUAUAAAUAUUUUUUCUGAUCCGAUGUAUGUUUAAUUAAAUUAAAAUAAACAGACUGCCUUCCUUAAUGAGAUAUCACAAAUUUUUGAUUUGAAAAAGUAUAGUUUUUUAACCGUUCUUUUAAAAAAUACUUCGUGCUAAAAAUCGCAAAGUUGAAAAAAACAAAACAAUUCUUAACAAAACAUAACUCACUGAUAGACAAAGUUAUUAUAUCAGAUUUUAUAUCAUAGAUAGACAUAAACUAACUGGUGUUAACAUCACAACAAGUUGAAUCAAAUUUAAAAAUGGUUUUAUGUAAUACUUAUUUUUGAUGUCAGGAUAUAAAGUUUUACACUCACAAUGGCUUCUGACCCAAGCGAGUGUAACAUUAAAGUGGUAUGUCGAUUUCGACCCCAGUCGGAUGCUGAAAAUAGUUGUGGUGGUAAUAAUAUUGUGAAGUUUCCUUCAAACGAAACAGUUUUACAUAUGGGAAGAGCAUAUACCUUUGACCAUGUCUUUAAACCAAAUGCUUCACAAGAACAUGUUUAUUCAGUGUCGGCUAAACCAAUUGUGUCUGAUGUCCUUGCUGGGUACAAUGGAACAAUUUUUGCAUAUGGACAAACUGCCAGUGGCAAAACUCAUACAAUGGAGGGUGUUAUUGGAGACCCUAUAUGGCAAGGAAUUAUUCCUCGUAUUGUUCAAGACAUUUUCAAUUAUAUAUACACCAUGGAUGAAAACUUAGAAUUUCAUAUAAAGGUUUCUUAUUUUGAAAUUUAUUUAGAUAAAAUUAGAGAUUUAUUAGAUGUUACCAAGACAAAUUUAGCUGUUCAUGAAGAUCGUAAUCGUGUCCCAUAUGUCAAGGGUGCAACUGAAAGAUUUGUAUCCAGUCCUGAAGAGGUGCUGGGUGUCAUAUCUGAAGGAAAAGCAAAUCGCCAUGUUUCAGUUACAAACAUGAAUGAGCAUAGUUCGCGAAGUCAUAGUAUAUUUCUUAUUAAUGUAAAACAAGAAAAUACAGAAACACAAAAAAAGCUGAGUGGAAAGCUGUACCUUGUUGAUCUGGCUGGUUCAGAGAAGGUUAGCAAAACAGGUGCUGAGGGAGAUGUACUGAAUGAAGCAAAAAAUAUAAACAAAUCAUUAUCAGCUCUUGGUAAUGUCAUAAGUGGAUUAGCAGAUGGUAAUAGUAGUUAUAUUCCCUACAGGGAUAGCAAAAUGACAAGGAUUUUACAAGAAAGUUUAGGUGGAAAUUCUCGUACAACAAUAAUAAUUUGUUGUUCCCCAUCAUCAUUUAAUGAAGUAGAAACAAAAACAACUUUACUGUUUGGACAAAGAGCAAAAACAAUUAAGAAUACUGUUGUAAUAAAUGAAGAACUCACAGCAGACGAAUGGAAAAAAAGGUAUGAAAAAGAAAAAGAAAAAAAUGCCAAGUUGCAAGCCAUGUUAGCUCAUCUUGAAAAGGAAGUUAACAGGUGGCGAAAAGGUGAAAGUGUUCCAGUUGGCGAACAAAUAAAUACAGCUGAUAAAAAAAGAAGUAGUGAGUUAAUAGAAAUAGCUACUGACCAACAAAAAGCUUCUGCUCAUAGUCAUGUUACUGAUGCAGAGUUAGUCAAAUUUGAUGCAGAACGCACAAAAUUAUAUAAAGAAUUAGAUGAGCGGGAUGAUGAAAUCCAAGCCCAAUCAAAUCUUAUAGAAACUCUUCGGCAGCAAUUAGCUGACUUGGAAGAAAAUCUAAUAUUUACAAAAGCAAAUGCGGAAAGUUUGGAAGGUCAAGUUGGUUCAAUUGCUAAAGAACAUGAUGCGUCUAAAAAUGAAGUAAAAGAAGUUUUACAAGCACUCGAGGAGCUGGCUGUUAAUUAUGAUCAAAAACUUCAAGAAGUUGAUCAAAAGACAAAAGAUAACGAAAGUCUUCUUGAGGACUUGACCAAGGAACAGCAUAGUAAGCAAGCACUUUCAAGAGAGCUGGAAGCAUUGCAAGAGAGAAUGAACCUUAUGACACGAAAAGUUACUGAAAUAACUAACACCUUACUUGGAGAAUUAAGUGAAAUCGGAAACCAUCUUGGUGGAAAUAUUGCUGGUAUGAAGAGACCAGAGAUUGAAACCGCUUCUCAAUUUGAUGAAGAAUUUACAGUAGCUCGCUUGUAUGUAACAAAAAUGAAAAGUGAGAUUAAAACCAUGGUUCAGCUUAACAAACAACUCAAUGAAACGUGCCAAAUAAAUCAAGAAAAGCUUGACUUAUUUGAAAAAGAGAUUCAAGGUUAUAAACUUACGAUUGCACAACAUGAAGCGAAAAUGGUCACGUUACUGGAAAGCAUUAAAGAUGUUGAAGCGAAAAAAAGAUUAUUAGAAGAAGCAGUAGACACCUUAAAUGAAACUCUUGCAAAGCAGACAGCUAAUGAACAAAUGCAGAUUGCUUCUCUAAAGGAUCGAGAAGAAAAGCAGGCAAAAGGUUUAAUGGAUGCAAAAGCAAUCAAGGAAGCAUUAGAAGCUCAAAUGAAACAUCAUGGAGAAGCCCAUGCCAAACAGCUUGCUCUUCUUCGUGACGAAAUUCAAAACCAAUCAACUAUUAUUAGUGAUUUAAAAGAAAUAAACCAAAAGAGAAGUCUGGAAGAACAGCAAAUUAAAACCGAAAAUGAAAAACUCUUGGUUGCGUUGCAUGCUCUAAAAUCUAAAAACCAGGAGCUGGAGGCAUUGAACACAAAGAAGGAACAUGCACAAAAAGAUCUGCAAGGUUUGGAAGAAACUGUUGCUAGAGAGUUGGCAACUUUAAAUAAAUUACGACAGAUGUUUGUAAAAGACCUGCAAGCGAGAAUGAAAGUGGCAUCAGAUGAUGCAGACGGAGAUGAAACUAACAGUCAAGCACAAAAACAGAAGAUUUCUUUUUUAGAGAACAACUUAGAGCAGCUCACCAAAGUGCACAAACAGCUUGUGAGAGACAACGCAGACUUGCGUCUAGAAUUGCCGAAGCUCGAGAAGCGAUUGAAAGCUACUCAAGAGCGCGUAAAGGCAUUGGAGGUUGCUCUAAAAGACGCUAAAGAUGGCGCCAUGAAAGAUAGGUCACGUUAUAUUAAAGAGGUUGAACGCUGGAAACAAGCAUUUAACAAAAGUCAAAAUGGUCGGCGAAACAAUCAACCUCAAAUUGCCAAGCCAAUUCGACCUGGUCAACUGACCGCUGGUGUCAAUACGGGCAGUGCCACAAUAAAAGGAAACAAUAUAAAUUUAUUAGAUGGUUCUUCAGAAUUUCCUCGUCAACAGCAAGGUGCGAUUGUUGCCCGCGCUUCUUCUCCUUCAAAAAUACCAAUAAUUCCAAUGAGUGGAUCACAGCCAGUUAUUAAAGGAGGUUACCGAGAAGGAGAAACAGUAACGAUUGGAGGUACUGGAGUUAGUCAUCGAGUCAAGACAGCAGUUGGUGCUGAAAUGUCAACUAGAUCGCUGAUUAGGAGGCCUGGGAGCGAUGACAAACGCAAUUCCAUGUUUGUCGAAUCGACUAGUAACAUGCAGUUAAUUGAAGAGAACUUAAAAGGAAGCGCCAGUAUGGAUAGACUAAAUAUGAUUGAUUCUUCAACUUUAAAGACUCCGAGACGUCUUCCGUCACCUGUAUCGCGAUCUCCUAUCUCAAAUAGUUUAAGUGGUCGUGAAGCUGAAAUACAAGCUUUACUUGCAGGAGGAAAAUCGAGAGCAAACACACAAUCAUCAAACUCGUCAGUCGACGGAAGUCCGUGGGAACGAAGAAUACCAACGUCUCGUGGACUUAGUCCUCGAUAAUAUUAGCUGCAUUUAAGCAAAUCAUUUAUGUUUUGGAGCUGAGCGUUCGUAUGAAGUCAAACUUCUUCAAACAUAACUGAGAAUCGCUAAACAACUGAUGUGAGAAAUGCGUAAUUUUCCAGCGUUAUGACCUAGAAUAUUGAAGUAAAAAUCAACGGAAUUUUAAUUUUCUUAAAUUUGAAGUUCUCGUAUAUAUUCGCAUUGGACGUUUUAUCAAAUAUUUCCGUUUUCGAGGUUCGAGGAAUAUUUCGAAGUAUUUAAACUAAAAUGACUUUUUCUAUACAGUGAUGUGUAAAUAUAUUUCAUAGAUAGUAAAAAAGAUAACCUUCAAAUAUUUUUGUACUAGUACAUAAAGGCUUGAGCUUUAACAAACAGUUUGGUCAACAAGUUUUUGGUGAUUUCUAUAUAUGCAUAUAUGUAUAAGUUUGGAAAACAAAUCAUUUCUGUUUUUAAAUUCGACUACUGUUUUAAAAAAUUUGCCAAAAAGAAUAUAUAUGUUUUUUUAUAUGCAUUUAUGUUGCAACUAUUGAUUUAUAAUAAGAGUAGUUGUUAUUGGCUAAUUAAUUGAAUAUCGUAUAUUGAAUAUUAUUUAUUAAUUUUCAUUUUUCAUAAAGAUAUAAAUUAUUAA